UCUUUUUAGUAUUCGAAUGUGUUAAUGAUAGUGAAAGUUGCCAAAAUACUUCCUGUUCCCAUGUUUGUCUCACAGAAACUUGUGUUCAGGCUGCUGCAGAGUUGCUGAGGAAUAUGGAUUCGAAUGUUUCUCCGUGUGAUGACUUCUAUCAGUAUGCAUGCGGUAGAUGGUCACAGCAUCAUGAACUGCCAAGUGACAGAUCCUACUACGACACAUUCUCACUAAUGAAAGAUGAACUCAAAUCCAAGCUUCGUGAAUUAUUAGAAGAUCCUAUUAGUGAAGAAGACAACAAUGCUACAAUAAGUGCGAAACAUCUUUAUGCAUCCUGUAUGAAUGAAAGAGCAAUAGAGAGUCUGAAAGAAGAACCUUUGAUCGUGCUCUUAGAAGAAUUAGGUGGAUGGCCAGUCAUUAGCUCAAAUUGGUCAGAGGAGAAUUUCGACUGGGUUUAUGAAAUAGCCAAAUUAAGGCAAUACAAUAAUGACAUACUUCUUGCCCAGUGGGUCGGACCGGACGGCAAGAACUCGUCAAUAAAUAUUAUACAGAUUGAUCAAGCAGACAUGGGUCUGCCCAGCAGAGAGUACUAUGUACAGGGUACGCAGCAGUUGGACGCCUAUUACCGAUUCAUGGUGGACAUUGCCCAGUUGUUAGGAGCACCCCUUGAACAGGCCGAGACAGAUAUGAGGGAUGCUUUGGAACUUGAAAUGCAGCUCGCAAACUUCACUAUACCCAGUGAAGAGCGUCGGAAUUAUACGGCAAUAUAUUACAAAACUAUGCUAGCCGAGCUACAGGAGAAGAUUCCACUGGUGAGAUUUUAUAAUAAUUUAUAA